AUGGUCUUCAUCAUGAGCGUCAACUUCCACCCGCGGAAGCUGGUCAAGAAGACUCUCGAGACCUUCUACGGGCUCGGGGCCCAGACGUCGGCGCGCAUCAUGGCCAAGUACAGCAUCCACCCGCUGGCCCGCCUCGAGACGGUCCCGCCCAAGACCAUCACCUCGCUGACGGCCGAGCUGUCCACCAUGACCAUCGACAACGACGCCCGCCGCCUCGUCCAGGACAACAUCCAGCGCCUGCGAGACAUGGGCACCUACCGCGGACGACGACACGCCAUGGGUCUGCCCGUGCGCGGCCAGAAGACGAGGAACCAGAUCGUCACCGCCCGCAAGCUCAACAUCCUCGAGAGAGGCGGCGGCGACCGUCCGAUGGGGUCAUAA